UUCGAUCGAAACAUUCAUGCAAAAGCUAUCAACAGAAAUCGACUCACAGAGUUUUUCUUUUUUCUUUUUUUUGGAAGAACGCCCAGUACUAAAUUUAAUCCGGUGCUACCUUUAUCUUAAAACAAAAACCACUAACAAAUAGUAGCAAUAAACUCAACAUAAGGAUUAAAUCCAUUUCGAAAGAAAGGAAAGUAAAAUAUGUUGGGCUGCGCUUUUGAAGCGGAGACUCUCGGAAGAGGAAAGAACUUUGAGUUUCGGUUUUCUGGCCCGGAGUCCAUUCCAAAUGCGGUGAGGCGGUACAAUGAACUGCGUGGAGCCGAACUGGCCCAACUGAAGCGUCAACGGGACGUGGGCCGAAACCAGGUGCCCAGCAUGCCGCGCUUCUGUAAGGUUCGUCGUCCCGGCCAGGAUGUGACCAGCAUGGUUACCUCCCGCGACCUGGACGUGGUCACCCAGCUGUCCCUCGAUGCGGAGCCCAUCAGCAAUGGGGACAACGAUGAUGAGGAGUACGCUGAGGAGCAGGACAAUUUCCAUUCCCCAUCGCCGGCAAAGCGGCUUGCUGGUGGCGCCGAAUCAUCGAAAAGAGUGAAGAGCAAAUCCAGGGGCAGGAAAAAGACGCACACACUGGUGGGAAUAGGUCGCUAUGGGGAUGACGUACGGAAUGGCCUUACCUUGGAGAGAUUGGAGGAACUGCAUCGGGAAGUGUGCGCAGAACUGGAGAGCAUUGGUGAGUCAGCACAACCAAGUGCCAAGGUCACGCCGCGACCAUUUGGGUUUAAAAAUCUGACGAAACAGCGAUGGAGUUGGCAGAGGCAGGAGGAGCAGAAGAAACCCCAGGAGAUUCAGGACUCCCGGAAGCACCACCAAGAUGCCGAUGCCGAUGUCGAUGCCGAUGCCGAUGCUGGUCAAGUGUCCGUCGAGCAAUACCAUACGCCGCAGGCCAAGUGGGUGGACCUUGUGCCAUCGGCCAUGAUGUCGCAGGCCAUGAAUGUUGAUGUGUGCCAGGCCCAGCAUGCCACGCCCCUGUCCGCCUACCAGUUCAUGGAGCAGCAUGGCAGCAUGGCGCCCGAACCGCUGACACCUUUCUUUCUGGAGGACAGCGAUCUGGAGCACGAGUAUGCGGAUCGCCAGGGCUACAUGCGUUAUGUGGAGGCCCGACCCGAACACAGCUCCAGUGAUUGGGAUCCGGUUGCGGAUCAGGAUCAGAAUCAGGAUGAGAGAGUCCCGGCGAAUCCAGUCCCAAGUCAACCCCGCUUCGUGGAGCUGGAGAAGCGACCGCACCGGGUCAGUCUGCUCAGGAGCCUCUCGCCCAUGCGGUACACCUCGCAGAGAUCGCAAGAUCAGGACAACAUCGAGGUGCCGCCGCCGGAGCUGCGCCACGCCCCGACUUCCAGGAUGGUCAAAGGCCAAAGGCCAGUGGGUGUUCAGUCACGCAGGACCAAGGGACCAGGUCAAAGGAGCCACCCAAGCCCCCCAGGCGCCGCAAGCCCUCCAAGAACACUGCGUCCGACUGGCAGGACAGGUGGUGGAGAUGAGGCUGUGGCACUACAGCCAACCACUUUUGUGCCCUCCACAGGUAACAAUGCAACAAAGUGCCCAAACGAAAGGCAAAACAAACGGCGCAGGACCAAACCCCUGGUGGUGUACAGCAAGUCCCUGGAGGAUCUGAAGUUCGAGAAGCUGGGCAUCUACAACAGGAUUAGCCUGACACAGGAGCGGAUCAUCAAUGCGUUGGACAAGCUGCAGGCCAGUCUGCUGCAGCUCCAGGUGCCCCAUUGCAGUGCCCAGGAGCGCCAGAAGCGGCAGCGCAAUGCCUUCGAGUUCUGCGUGCGCUUCUCGCGGAACUUCCUGUAUCCGCUGAAGGGCAUGAUCGACGAUGUGCGCCUCACCGCGGUGGCCAGCUUCAGUAGCGCCACCUCCAACGAGGCCUGCCAGCGGGUGGUCUGCGUCUACGGACUGAUGCAGCAGUCGCUGCACACGUAUCAGCGCCAACUGCGCUACUUUCUGCUCGAGAAGGUGCCCCAAAAACUGAGCGCCCUCAUCGAGAUGAUCUACACGAUGACCAACUGCUGCCUGGACAAGGGCGUGCUGGAUCGUCAGGAUCCGGUGGUGGAGUGUCUGCAGGAGCGAUGCACCCGGUUCCUCAGCUUCAUCGAGGACAUGCAGGAGGAGCGCCUCAAGCUGGCCAGGGAGACAUUGAGGCGAUUGCACAAGCAGCAGGGUCAUCAAAGUCAGGUUCAGGGUCAGGGUCAGAGUCAGAUUCAGCACGACACCGGUGUCCACUCGUAUCAUCGCAAGAAGAAGUCCCUGAAGUCCGUGCCCCCGAGGAUACCCACCCAGCCCAGACAGGAGAAGCUGCGCUCCCACGAGCGCUACGAUCUCAAGAUGUGCCUCAACGAUCUCAAGCUCUAUGAACCGCGGCUGGUGCCCAAGGAACGUCAGCAGGCGGAGAAACGCCCCCAAAGGAUGCGUCGUCCCAGAAUCAACACCAAUUCCCAUACCAAUACCAAUACCAAUACCCAUCCAAAUGUGACCGCCACUCCAGCUGUGGCUUCCGGUCCAACUGGCCCACUGGGGGAGCUGCCUUUCGAUCCAGAAACACAAGGCGAGGUGCAGACCCAGAUGCAAAAGGUCGUCGAUGGUGGCACCACCAGUUCGCUGAGCACGCUGCCCACAUUGGGUCCAAUGGGUCAGUGGUCGAAGGAGGAGCAGCUGCAUCGGACUUUACUGGAUGCCCUGCACCUGGUGUCCCGUUCCCAGGUGCAACAGGUGCUCGAUCCACUGAUGCGAUCGCUGCGCGGCAUCCUGGACGAGAAGCUCCAUCAGAGUCAUAAGCAGUGAGCUCCCAUCCCGCCAGUGAUCGGGACAUUGUCCACUUUAUAGAUUUCCCAAAUUGCUUAAUCAGUAUUUACCUCGAUCAUUGCCAGCUCCACUUCUCAUUGCUGAAAGUGUGAAGCCAUAGAAACUAAAUUGUUAAGUAUUUCUUAGUGCAAAUAAAAUGCUAAUUUAUAAUGAGUCAAA